GGGCGCUGUUGUAAAGGCGAGCCUGUCAAGAGCUAUCAGCUAACAACAACAGAAAACCCCACACAGCUAGCGUUCUAAUUGAACUCAACAUAAAGGGGGCAGACUGCUUCCAUUUGGCACUUACUAAUACAGAUGGACAUCAGGACUGAACACUGACCAGUGGAAGCAACACAUACCUCCUCCUUCUCACCGUCUUGCCCCAAAAAACCUUCUGUCACACUGGCAAUGUCAAGAGUCCCGAGUCCCCCUCCCCCGGCGGAAAUGUCCAGCGGGCCUGUGGCCGAGAGCUGGUGCUACACACAGAUUAAAGUAGUGAAGUUCUCUUACAUGUGGACCAUCAACAACUUCAGCUUCUGUCGCGAGGAGAUGGGGGAGGUCAUCAAAAGUUCCACCUUCUCCUCAGGGGCCAACGACAAACUGAAAUGGUGUUUGCGAGUGAAUCCUAAAGGGCUGGAUGAGGAGAGCAAAGAUUAUCUUUCCCUGUACCUGCUGCUGGUCAGCUGUCCGAAGGCAGAGGUCCGAGCAAAGUUCAAGUUUUCCAUUCUCAACGCCAAGGGAGAGGAGACCAAAGCCAUGGAAAGCCAGAGGGCAUACCGCUUCGUCCAGGGAAAAGACUGGGGUUUUAAAAAGUUCAUCCGGAGAGAUUUCCUCCUUGAUGAAGCAAAUGGUCUUCUACCUGAUGACAAGCUCACACUCUUCUGCGAGGUGAGCGUGGUGCAGGACUCUGUCAACAUAUCUGGUCAGAACACUAUGAACAUGGUGAAGGUGCCUGACUGUCGGCUAGCAGACGAGCUGGGGGGGCUGUGGGAAAACUCGCGCUUCACAGACUGCUCCUUGUGUGUGGCCGGCCAGGAGUUUCAGGCUCACAAAGCCAUCCUGGCAGCACGUUCUCCUGUAUUCAGCGCUAUGUUUGAACAUGAGAUGGAGGAGAGCAAAAAGAACCGUGUGGAGAUCAACGAUGUGGAGCCCGAAGUGUUCAAGGAGAUGAUGUGUUUUAUUUACACAGACAAGGCUCCCAACCUGGACAAGAUGGCCGACGAUCUGCUUGCAGCAGCUGAUAAGUAUGCUUUAGAGAGACUGAAGGUCAUGUGUGAAGACGCCCUGUGCACCAGUCUGUCGGUGGACAAUGCCGCCGAGAUUCUCAUCCUGGCUGAUCUGCACAGCGCCGACCAGCUCAAAACGCAGGCCGUCGACUUCAUCAACUACCACGCUGCAGAGGUGAUGGAGACCGCAGGCUGGAAGUCCAUGGUGGCGUCUCAUCCACACCUGGUGGCUGAAGCUUACCGUUCUCUGGCUUCGGCCCAGUGUCCUUUCCUCGGACCUCCACGCAAGCGCCUCAAACAGUCCUAACAGCCUCACACCACGACAUCAACACACACUCAUUCUCACACACGCACACACAGGCCUACCCUCGCUCCCGAACACACAGGGAUAUAGCCGUUCCCCUUGCUGUUACUACUACACUACCUAGAGCCCCCGCCCUCUAACCCUCCCCCUUCAGUCCAGUCCACAACCUGCUGUAUCUUAGUUUCCUAAUGACGGAGAGAAAAAGAAGAAGAAGAAAGAGAAGUGGAGAGUUGAGCGUGUGAAAAGGAUGUUUAUCGUUUACAAAAAAAAAAACAAAAAGGCCCUUCAGCACUCUCUUGUUUCUCAGCAGCUCUGGCUUUGUGGAUUCUGACAUUAUCGUCGUUCUCCGUGCGUCUUCAGACAUCGUGCUAAUGAACUGGACUCACAAAUCCAGCCAAAACCAAACUGUCUGGAAAGCUGGAGGUAUAAGUACUGUGGCCGAUAAAGUUUUUAAGUGUGUGUUUUAUCAUAAUUCUCUUAGUAUUGGUAACAGGGUGAUCUGAGAGGCACCCAACCUUAAAGACAUGAGGAUCUGUUGACUAAUGAGCUGUAGAGGGUCUGUAGUUUCAAACUAAACAACCCCAACAAAGACAACCAAGGGCUAGCCAAAAAAGCAAAAAYRGGGGAAAACAAUUUCAAAAAACUUGGGAAAACGUUGCACUAAAGUCACAGAUUAGCCCUUGCUAACCCUGACCAGCWGUAAUGUAGAAAUACUGUAGGCAAGCACACAACGAAACAAACUUCAUGGACUAACAGCUGGACCACCACCAACAAACUACCCUUUAAGAUUAUUUAUCUGCAAGUGACAAAAACCACAUGAACUCUUGUGUAGCUCAGUCCCAACAUUCAACUGCAUCCAUGUUUGCUUUGAAACGGAAGAGAAAAGAAAACAGCAACGCACAACUGGAUGAUUCUCUUGGAGAAAAUGUCUCAGAGGAAAACGAUGUUCAACAAACAAACAAACAAACAAACAAACAAACACACCAAGAGACCACAGAGGUAGAGGAAAUGUCAAGAAAUGGUUACAUUAGGUUUCAAUCAGGCAUGUUGAUGUUCUGUUGUGACAGAUUUUGUGUUAGUUUUAUGUUUUAUUGUUUUAUUUCCUGCUUCCUCCCUUCAGAAUUGUUCUAUUUUUUUCAUAGGAAUUUGUACAGACGAGUGUUUUUGAAACAACAGCAUUUUAAACAGUGAAACUGAAAGAAGUGGAUGUUGUUGUUUUUUUGCAGGCAUAACGAGUAAAGGGAAAAGAAACUACAAUGAACACGUUUUAAUGUUCAGAAUUGUGGAAUAAAAAAAACUAAAACAGGCCACACACACACACAACAAAAGAUCUGAAGUUUUCAUUUCAAGCUGGUGGAAAAUGGUAAUCGAUAGAAGGAACCGUUGUUUCUAUCCUGUAGAUAUUUCUGAUUUUGAAAAGUGACACUUAGUUGUUGCCAUUUUUUUUGUUUCCAGAAAAAUAAACCACAACUAUUUUGUAUUGAAUGCA